AUGUCUGCAGUCUUACUAAAGGGUUGGAAGCCUGUGGAAGGUGACAAUUGGACACUUAAGUUUGAACAUUUUCCGGAAUCCAAUACGUUCGCAGUAUCUAACAGUAAUGGUUCCAUCUAUGGGUACAGUCUCAAUGAUUUAUCAACGGUGCCAUUAUAUGAACUUAAACAUGAGUCAAGUGUUAACGGCAUGAUGAGAGUUGAUUCUACAACGUUGGUAUCUUGUGCUACGGAUGGAGUCAAGGUAUGGGAUUUGCGUAGUGGUGCCAAACCAACAGCUUCAUUCACAAAUUGUAAGCUGUCAGCAUUUCUUCUGGUAGCCUAUAACCCCCAUAGCCAUUUAGUUGCUGGUGGUACUGAGAAGGUGAGUGUUGAUGCCGAGGUUCAUUUGUGGGAUAUUAGAAAACCAGGUUCUGAUACUUUCAAAUCAUUUAUUGAUUCUCAUAAUGAUGAUGUCACAUACCUUAACUACCACCCUACACAAUCCCAGUAUUUAAUGUCUGGAUCUACCGAUGGUUAUGUCAAUGUCUAUGAUUUGACACAAGAAGACGAGGAAGAGGCAUUGCAUCAGGUUAUAAACUAUGCUUCUGUUCAUCUGUGUAAGUUCAUCACCGAAAAUAAGAUCUCCAUUCUUUCUCACGUGGAAUCACUUAGAUUCGAUAACUUAUUCACCAGUAAUUACGAAGAUGGAGAAAAGCCCGAGCCAAGGGAUUUGGGAGACGUUAGAGAUUUAUGGAACAGAUGUGAAUAUGUUGUUGAUAUAUAUCCCGGAACAGGCACCGGUUCCGGCUCAGGAUACAUAGCGUUUGGAGCUAACUCCGUACACUCACUUACGGUUGUACCAUUUGAUCCUACAUCUGAAACUAUAGUAAUGGACCAAGCUGUUGUUUUCCCAAACGCUCACAACGAAGAAGUGGUACGGGAUGUAUUGGUUAUACCUGGGACCAAUACAGUAUUGUCGUGUGGAGAAGAUGCAUCUAUAAAUCUUUGGGAAAUGCCGAAUAAGCUUCCUCAAAUGGGUAAGAUUGCCAUAAAUGACGUUAAACAGUUAGAAUUGGCGGGUUCUGAAGAUAAAGAUAUGGAGGAACCAAAUGAUACCAAGAAGGAGAAACGGAAACAUAAGAGUAAACAUAAGCAUAAGGAGAAGAAGAAGAGCAGUAGGAAGGAUGUCAAGUAUAAGCCUUAUUAG